CCUCGUCACCACCAUGUACCGCCAGACGUACGACCAGGAUCAGGUCACCUUCUCGCCCAAUGGGAGACUGUUUCAGGUCGAGUAUGCUACGGUGAGUACCACUCUAGCACGCUGACCAGCAUCGCGAGCGAGCCCGAAGUGACUCUCUGACUCUGACCCUCGAUGAUCCUCCUCCUUCUCGCCUCGCCUCGCCUCGCAGGAAGCUGUCAAGCAAGGCUCCGCCGUCGUAGGACUGCGCAGCAAGACCCACUCAGUCCUCGUAGCCUUGAAGCGUGCACCCUCUGAGCUGGCCGAACAUCAGCAGAAGCUCCUCACCAUCGACAGCCACAUGGGCAUCGGAUUCGCCGGACUCACAAACGAUGCAAGGGUACUCAGUAAUUGGAUGCGACAGCUCGCUCUCUCCUCGCGCAUGACUUAUUCGAGGCCUUUGCCCUUGUCAAGGGUGGCGGGAGCCUUGGCGGACAGGGCGCAGCUGAACACUAUGGAGUAUGGGAGGAGGCCGUACGGUGUUGGGUUCCUUGUGGCGGGCUAUGAUGCGUUGGGACCGCACCUCUACGAAUUCUCCCCCGUCGGCACCUGCUUCGAAUACUACGCAAUGUCCCUGGGCGCGCGCAGUCAAUCCGCAAAGACGUACCUGGAGCGCCGGAUCGAUGAGUACAAGGAGGAGACGGACCUAGACAAGGUGGUCAUGCAUGGGCUGUACGCGCUGAGGGAGACACUGCAGCAGGGCAAGGAGCUUGAGCCAGCAAGCGUAUCAGUCGCCGUCGUUGGACCCGGCUCGGAUGGUGACGUCGCCCCUGGCACCAAGCCGCAGAAGUUCCGACUUGUCGAAGGCGAAGAACUCAAGCGCUACCUGGACAAGAUGGAGAAGAGGAGGAACGCAGCCAAUGUCAAUGCGCCCGCUACUGCAGCUGCCGCGACUGCUGCUACAGGCCAGCCUUCAGCAGCUGAGACUGGCGCGGCGGGAGACAGUGCUGGUACGGCGACGCAGGGGGAGAGUGGGGCACAGCCGGGCCAGCAACCGGGAGACGGGAGUGGGGGGGAUAGGAUGGAGGAGUGACGAGGCGACUGAAUGACAUUGGUCUGUCGACUUCAGUUCAAUCACUAGUCAUUCGAUCGCACAGUCCGUCGUCU